UGUAACUUGCUUGUAACCCCUCUACGCUUCCGGCACCAGUUUCCGGGAAGGCGACACUGUGUAGCUCGUGAGUGGCACUCUGGCUCCCGCCCCGACCUGGCUCUGCCCUGGCACUCUCCCAGGGUAGAAGACCGUGCCGAUGCUCUCGGGGCAAACUGUAAACGCACACAACGACUAAGAUUUUGAACGGAAUCCUGCAGUGACACGACAAUAUGUGCUAGAAGCCAAGACUCCGGCUUCCUUCCUCCUCGCUCUCGAAGUCUUUACACGACCUAGGCUAAGUCCCUCUCCCUGUGACUGUGUCUCAGUAAGGUGUUGCAUCUUUGGAAAGUGUAACAGGAAUAUAUACGAAAAUAUAUAUAGACCAGUUCUUUUUUUUAUAGAAGGUCUGUUUUUCUGUCUUACCUUCCUCCUCACUGGCUUGCCGAAGUCGAGAAGAAGAAGGAAAAGAAGAUUGCAAAAAGAGACAUCCCCCACGAAGAAGGCAAGAAGGAAAACUCGAAAACACGAUAAAGAAAAACCGCGAUUAAAAAGGGAGAAAUCGAAUCAAGCGAUAAGGAAGCAUAUAAAGAGUAUAUCACGAGAACCAUUUUUUCCCUUAUUUCUUCCCCUUGCUCACCAUGGCGAAGCUUCUUAACAUUUUGCUCCAGAGGUCUGACGAGUCCAUUCCUUGGGGCUUCAGGCUUCAAGGAGGAGCUGACUACAAGAAGCCCUUGACUGUCCAGAGGGUGACACCGGGAACGCUAGCCUCCCAGCACUUGGCACCGGGUGACACCAUCCUUAUGAUCGAGGGCCACGACGCAAGGACCCUGUGCCACUUCGACGCGUGUGACCUCGUCAAGGCUGCGGGAAACAAGGUCGAACUCACCGUCAGGAAGAGCCAGAACCUGGUGGACGAGAACUACGAGAACCAGAGGAGGCUGGAGAAGCUGAUGAUCGAGGAGAGGGUCGCCGAGGAGGCCGAGAGGCGGCGCAAGAAGGGCCUGCAGAAGAAGACGUUUUCCCCGCCCUUCUCGAGCUCGCCGUCAGCCGCGCAGACGCCCCGCCAGCGCUUCUCCAUUUCCCCGCAGCGCCUGGCGUCUCCGCCCGCGCGGGUGCAGUCCCCCGUGCAGCGGUACUCCUCUCCGCCGCAGCUGCCGCUGUCGCCGGUGCAGCAGUUCAUGACGCCGCCGCAGGUGACCUCGCCCUCCGCCAAGUUUUCGUCGCCGCCGCCCACCUUCUUCUCGCCGGUGCAGUCCUUCUCGCCGCCGCCGCACCAGACGUCGACGCCGCUGCAGAGCGCCACGGGCUCCGUGUACUCCACGCCCUUGUUCUCGCCCACGCAGUUCGGGCAGGCGAGCGCGCCCCCUCAGCAGCCGGGGACUCUCAGCCCCACGCAGCUGACGACGAAGCUGCACCAGCUGCAGUCGCAGGGGCCUCAGAUGAAGUCGCUGAGCCAGGCGACGCUCCAGCAGACCCACAGCGCCGCCUCCCAGAGCGUCUUCAGCUCCCACUCGACCUCGCAGGUGCCGGCCACCCAGAAGUCCUUUCAGCAGAAGAAGGCGAAGGAGCCUCCCAUGGAGAUACAGGACCCGCAGCUCCUGACGGAGGAACAGAAGAGGAAGCAGCUGCAGCAGCUGAUCCAGGAGAAGCGGCGCCUGGAGGAGCUGAUGAUGGUGGCCAAGAGGAGGGAGUCGGCGAGCGAGAUGCCUCCGCCGGCGCCCAAGGAGCCUCCCGUCGCCGCCCCGGAGGUCACCUCCCCGACGCUGAGGAUGAUCGAGCUGGAGGCGCAGGAGGCGGCGCUCACGCAGCAGGCCGGGGCGGAGGAGCCGAGCUCCCUUCCUCUGGCGCGCCCCUCGGCCUUCAGCCCGUCGACUCUCCUGAGACGCGGCGUCCGGCGGCGGCAGCCCGCAGUGGAGGUCGGACCAGGAGCUGAUCGAGAUCGAGAAGAAGAAGCAGGAGGCGAGGAUGAAGAUCGGGGAGCAGAAGAAACGCGACGACGCGCGGCACCUGCGGCUGCAGAGGAAGCAGUUCGAGGCCAUCGCGAUGCAGGAGAGGAAGAGAGUCGAGGAGAAAAGGAAGCAGGAGGAUAAAAAAAAAUUGCAGGAGCAGUUUAAAAAGGAUCAGCAGAGGAUCCAGGAGGAGAUGAGGAAGAAGGAGGAGGCGAAAAAGCAAGAAGAACGGAGGAAAGAAGAGGAAAAGAGGAUAGAAGAAGAGAAGAGAAUUGCAGAACA